CCAAGGAGGUCGACGAGAAUUUUAGUUAAUUGCUUAGUUUUAUGAAUUUUUCUUUUCCUUGUCAUUAGUUUCAUAAAUAUUCCCGUAAAGCCGUAUUCAACCUUAUGACUUGUGAUGCUUAUUCAACUUUAUAAGAGGGUUCAAUUAUUUAAAAUUAUAAAAAAAACCAAUUCUCCUAAUUGUGAGAAUAUACUCGCCGUUAAAAAAUCACCAUUAGUAUUGCCGAAGCCAUAGCACCUCUUUUUAAGCUCAACAUUAUAUGACGUGUUCUUUUAAGGUAUAUUCAGUCAAUUUUCAUAACUCGAUUUUCCAAAUAAAUGCAUAAUUCACUAUUUGCAUCGUACAAUGUAUAAGUGAUGCUCCCAUACCAUAAAAGUUCAAUAUCGAAAAAGAUAUGUACGUCCGCUCAAUACUGACCGACACUUGUCGAUUAUAUCGAUAAAGUAGGUAUUGAUUCACAUCAUUCACCAAAAUUCAUUAUUAAAUAUUGAAACAAAAAAAGGUUAUAUGGCGAAUGAGUUAUUAUUGAGGUUUAUCAGGCUGGUUUUCGCUUUCGAGUUAUGAUUAAAGAUAAUUAAAAUCAAUAACUAUAUAAUAAAUGAUUUGUUAACGGUGGGAAUUUUGAAUUGAGCGUAUUUACAAACUUUGGCGACUUUUUAAUUUUUAUUACCAAUUUUUCGACUAAAUUUUCUUUUAGGCUACAUCAACAAUGGCACCUCAUGCUAAAGUAGCUGUUGAGGAUGUCGUAGCAGUUAUUAAAAAGCAUAUCGACCAUUUUACAGAGAGAAGUAAUUUUCCAAUUUCUUCGCAUAUAAUAUGGAAAACCAUGAGCAAGGAGUUGAAAAAUAAAUGGACACCAUAUAAUGUAUAUGUGAAUGUCAGUAACAAUAGGAGAAAGGUACUUGCUAUUGCCUGUGAUGAAUUGGGAAUUCCUUUUCCUGAAGAGGUGAAAAAUGUUUCACUUCACAAAUCAACGUUCGAAGACUCAGUCACUGAUCCCUUUAAUGAGGUGUUUGAACUGCAUGAGGAAAGUGCGGAUUUAGACGAAUUCAAAGUGCGCGUCACUGCAGCUGAAUGGAUGAGCAUACAAGGAGAUGAAAAAACUUAUAAUGAUGGACGUACUCAUACUACUCUCCGUUCAGGUAUCAGAGAUCGGUAAAAAUAUUACUCUUUAAACUAUUAAUGGCUUUUUCAAAAUUCAAUUAUUUUUAUGACCAUAUUAAUGCCGAAUAAUGUUUUGAUUUUUUCAUUUUCCUAUCUAAUACAAAUUUAGACUCACUUAUGAUCUAUUAAAUUAUGAAUGAAAAACUUGUUAUUCCAUUUUUUUCAUUAUUUUCAAUGGAAAAUAAGAUUCUUAAAAAUAAAAUCAUUUCGAUAAUGAGAAAUAGAGUAGCCACAUUUAAAUUGAACUUUGAGUUGAAACUCAUCAUUGGGGUUUUUUCCCUAAUAUUAAUAUCAAUGAGUAUAAUAUGAAAUUUGCACAAGCGAGUCCAAUGCGUUACGUACCAACAAACUUUAAUUAAGAUUCAGGAGACGAUUUUAAUAAAUGCCAAUUCUUGCCUUUUUCAUUAAUUAAUAAGACGAUAAUGAAC